AUGUCAUAUAGAACUCGUUCGAAGAACUUCUUGGCAAAGGCUGAAGGUUCAAAUGGUGAAAUACAAGAUGGCGAUAAUGAAGAGAAGUAUGAUUCAUCUUCUGAGUUGAGACAUAGUUCUUUUAGAUUUCAAGGUUCGAAAGUACCGAUAUAUUGGAGGUACAUUGUUUUGCUUUCAUUGUUAUGGGUUUUUGUAGUGCAUUAUUAUGAAAGGGUGGUGGUUAAAAGAUCAAUGAAUGUUUGUCAGUGGAAGAAAUGGGAACAAUGGUCUGAAGGUGAUGAGCGUCAUAGAGUUGCAUUGUUCGCUGACCCUCAGAUUAUGGAUAAUCAUUCUUACCCUGGCAGACCAGCAAUUGUAAAUCAUGUUACCAGAUUAAUCCUUGAUAAUUAUCAUAAGAGAGAUUGGAAGUUUGUACAAUAUCAUUUGGAUCCUGAUACAAAUUUCUUCUUGGGUGACUUAUUUGAUGGGGGUAGAUACUGGGAUGAUGACUAUUGGCAUAAAGAAUAUAUUAGAUUCAAUAGUAUAUUCCCUAAAAAACCAAUGAGAAGAACGGUAAUGUCAUUACCUGGUAAUCACGAUAUUGGGUUCGGGGAUACUAUAAUUGAAUCCAGUUUAAAAAGAUUUUCCACAUAUUUUGGAGAAACAUCUAAUUAUUUGAAUGCUGGCAAUCAUACAUUUGUAUUACUUGACACUAUUUCAUUAUCUGAUAAACAAAAUGUCAAUAUUUCAAAUGUACCAAAACAAUUUUUGGAAGAUUUUGCUAGUGUCGAACACGAAUAUCCAAGGAUAUUAUUAUCGCAUGUCCCCCUUUAUAGAAAUCCUGAGCAACAGAAAUGUGGCUCAUUAAGGGAAUCCAAUAAACCUUUUCCAUUGAUGAAAGGUAUCCAAUACCAAACUGUUAUAGACCAAGAAAUAUCACAAGAAGUUUUGACUAAAGUUCAACCUUCUAUAUUAUUUUCAGGUGAUGAUCAUGAUUACUGUCAUAUUACACAUUCGUAUUUGGCUAAUGGUGAGUCUAAAGUGGCAGAAGAAAUUACAGUGAAAUCAUGUGCAAUGAAUAUGGGUAUUAGCAGACCAGCAAUUCAAUUGCUAUCGUUGCAUAAUCCUUCUCCAGCAAAAGGAGCAGUAGAUACUGCAACUGCAAAAACAUAUCAAACGAAUAUUUGUUAUAUGCCAGAUCCAUACAAGGCUAUGAAAGCUUAUGUUUUUACUUUAAUCAUUACUGUUAUAUUAUCAAUAUCAAUUUAUUUUUUCCCUGCAAUGUUCAAUAAGAAAGUUGUGUUGCAAAUGGAAAAGAAGUUCAAGAAGCCAUAUGUUGCUCUUCCCUUACCAGUCAGUACAUCAUUAGAUCCCUCUUCAUGGCUAGUAACAUCUGCAUAUUACGUUAAUGAAAAUUCAUCAAUUCUGGGCUUUUUGAUCCAUGCAAUAAUCAUGACACUGUCAAUUUUAUCUAUAUUCACAUUUUAUUAUAGUACAGUCUGA